AAUGUACAGGAGAUAAAUGUCAACAUACGGCACACAACAGAGAAUAAUAAAUAAAGAACUUGGAGCACCAGAAACUCAAAGACGACAGACAUAUAAUUGCAUAAAAACGCAAAAUCAGAACAUAAAACUAAAAAGAAGUAUAUCAAAAAGGAAAAAUUAUAAAAGUGUUUUUCGGCAAUUAGACGUUUACUUGUAAAUUUUUUUUCUACUUCAACAAAAUUUUCCUAUCGGAAUAAUAAACAGAGAAUGUACACACAGCUAGAGAAUAACUGCUUCACCGUCAUCUAGAAAGUCAUUAUCAUCGUCGUUAUAGCCGCUGUUGUACGGGAAAGAAAUCCGCAUAGCAAUCAUUUCAUACUAAGAAGUAAAGGCGUUUGGAGAAGAGAUAAUUGCCAAUUUUUUUGUUGAAAAUUAGUUUGCUCUUGGCAUUAGGGGUCGAGGGUAUUAAGCUUUCAGAUUUCAUCACACGACGAUCGCUGAAUACAGCUUUCAAUGGAGUUUAAUUUAAGUUUGUAAAGGUUUUAAGGUUUAUAAUAAAAACAAGCACGGAGUGGGAAUAGCAGCUAGAGACCCUUAAGUCCACUGUAAGCCACAGAGAUAACGACAGUAAUUUGGGAGACGUGUGAAACUCUUUCUUUUUCACUUGGUAGAGACGAAUGGGCGCAAAAGCAAGCACCCCCGCCACCAGCGGUCACCAGAGUCCUCGUUCGCGUACAUUUUCGAGCAGCUCAACGGGUGCCGAAUUACAAAAUUCCUCUGUGGAUAGACAACGGGCACGUAGCUUAAGCUCCGUGCCAGAUAUCCAUUCACAACCCACAACCUCUGGUGAAAAUCAACAUAUAAAUGCCAGUAACAAUGCCACCGCAAUAAAUAGUAAUAAUUAUGCCAGUUCAUCAACGUCACAACAAGGUCACAACAAUCAUUUGCAGCGUCAAACACUCGGCGAUAAUAUACGAGGUGUUUCUAUGGCGGGAGCAAAUUUCGUGGAAAGCAUAGCCUUGGCAGCUUCAGCAUCGAACGGAGCCAGCAAUAUUGGACGCGUGUAUACAGCAACAUCACUUCCAUCUCAAAUAUGGUCAUUUAAUGGUAUUAAAUGUCCUGUAUGCAACAAAUUCGUCUUACCCGACGAUAUUGAAUGCCACUUGGUUAUGUGCCUAACAAAGCCACGACUCUCAUACAAUGAGGAUGUUUUAGCAGAUGCAAAAGGUGAAUGCGUAAUUUGUUUAGAAGAUUUAAAUCCUGGUGAUAUCAUAGCUCGCUUACCAUGUCUUUGUAUUUACCAUAAAUGUUGCAUAGAUCGAUGGUUCGAAGUAAAUCGCUCCUGCCCCGAACAUCCUGGCGACUAGUUAAAACCCAACAUAUGGCAUAUGUGAAAAAUGUUACCAACAAUCAAUCCACAGCUUCAUCAAUAAACAAAAUAAUUAUUGCAGAACAAAAUCCCGUAAGAGCAGAAAACCAAACAACAAAUAAAGAGGAAAAGCAUCUUACUUGAUGCUAAAAUGAAGAAUAAGCCAGAGAGUCGUAGAACAAGAAAUUAGAGCAUCAGCAAUUGGUUUAUAAUCAAAUUUACAUAUAUAAAUAGUUAUUAUAUUAAUGAAAAUGAAAUAAGAUUAUAAUGAUAACUUUUUGAAAAUAUGAAAUAUA